AUGUUGGAAUUUGCACCCAUUUGUAUUUAUCCAGUAAUCAGUUCGCUAGUCUCUUUGAUCCUACUUGGUGUUCCCUUCCUAUUCACUUCCAAUGGUUCGACUUACCCGGAGAAAUUGUCGGCCCACGAAUGCGGUUCCGAUCCCUUCGGUGAUGCCAGAAGUCGUUUCGAUAUACGAUUUCAUCCGGUUUCCAUUCUACCUAUUACCCCCGAUCUAGAAGUAACCUCCUUUUCCCCUUGGGCAGUCUCUCUCAACAAGAUUGAUCUGUUCGGAUCUCGGUCCAUGAUGGUGUUCUUAUUGAUUUCGACGAUCGGAUCUAUCCAUGAAUGGAAGAAGGGUGCUUUAGAUCGGGAGUAA